CUUGUGAAACUAUCUGGACGAAUAAAUUUAUGCAUAUCAUCUCACCAGGCGAAAGGGAUGCAGAUUGGACACUUCUCGGAUCUCCUUCGCUGAAAAUCCAUGGAAAAAAAAGUGUGUCUGCGGUACAACUGGAAGGGCUUCCUACUGUAACUGGCAGCCGCUGGGAUCGCUCUCUCGUUGUAUGCACGGGCUCUGGAGAGUGCAUGUAUGCUCGCAAACUCCCUCUCAGUCCUUCCUGUCUGCCUGUGGUGACAAGUACACCCGAGUUUCGACGGCUUCUGUUCCCCCCUCCUCCUCCUCCUCCUCCUCCUCCUCUUCUCUCCCGACCCACCUUCCUUCCUUCUCUUCCACCCCUCCUCUUUCUCUGUCUCUCCUGUUUCAAUUCAUACAGAUUUCUCCUCUCUCCGUCUAGCCUCCCCUCCCCACCUUCCUCACUAACCAAUAAAUGCCCGGUCAGUAAUGGAGGAUUUCCUACCCGACAUGUAAGCGAACGUUCCCUUCAGCCGGCGGAUUCUUCCUUCGUUUGAAAAGACAAAACAAAAACAGCAGACAACAAAAAAAAAAGGGGGGGGGGGCUGAAAAAAGGACAGAGAAAAAUUCGGCCUCUGCACUGAGUGUGAAGCCAAAAUGUCGACCAGAACGCCAUUGCCCACAGUGAAUGAGCGCGACACAGAAAAUCACACUUCUCUUGAUGGAUAUGGAGAACCACAAAGCCAGCCCUCCAAAUCAAGUAGCAGACAAAAUCUACCACGAUGUAGGAACUCAGUGGCGUCUACGACUGAAGAGCAACCCCACAUUGGAAAUUAUAGGCUGCUAAAGACUAUUGGCAAGGGAAACUUUGCAAAAGUAAAAUUAGCACGACAUAUUCUAACUGGAAGGGAAGUUGCUGUUAAAAUAAUUGACAAAACACAGCUCAAUCCUACCAGUCUACAAAAGCUCUUUCGAGAAGUAAGAAUUAUGAAGAUUUUGAAUCAUCCCAAUAUAGUGAAAUUAUUUGAAGUAAUUGAAACUGAGAAGACACUGUAUUUAAUUAUGGAGUAUGCAAGUGGGGGAGAAGUUUUUGAUUACUUAGUUGCACAUGGAAGAAUGAAAGAAAAAGAAGCAAGGGCAAAGUUUAGACAGAUUGUUUCAUCGGUAGAAUACUGUCAUCAGAAGUGUAUUGUACAUAGAGAUCUCAAGGCAGAAAAUUUGCUGCUUGAUGCAGAUAUGAAUAUAAAAAUCGCAGAUUUUGGCUUUAGUAAUGAAUUUACAAUCGGUAGCAAAUUAGACACAUUUUGUGGAAGUCCACCGUAUGCAGCUCCAGAGCUUUUCCAAGGAAAGAAAUAUGAUGGCCCAGAGGUGGACGUUUGGAGUCUCGGCGUCAUCCUUUACACAUUAGUUAGUGGAUCUUUACCCUUUGAUGGCCAGAAUUUAAAGGAAUUAAGGGAAAGGGUGUUGCGAGGAAAAUACCGUAUUCCUUUCUAUAUGUCAACUGACUGUGAAAACUUGCUCAAAAAGCUUCUGGUAUUAAAUCCUGCCAAACGAGGCAGUUUGGAACAAAUUAUGAAGGAUCGAUGGAUGAAUGUUGGUUUUGAGGAGGAGGAAUUAAAACCAUACGGUGAACCAGAACCUGACUACAAUGAUCCCAAGAGAAUAGAAACAAUGAUCACUAUGGGUUUCCCAAGAGAAGAAAUUACUCAAUCCCUUGUGGGACAGAAAUAUGAUGAUGUCAUGGCCUGUUAUCUAUUAUUAGGCAGGAAACCUCCAGAGUUUGAAGGCAGUGAAUCUGUAUCCAGCAGUAACCUGUGUCAAAGGUCUCGACCCAAUAGUGAUCUCAACAACAGCUCCACGCAGUCCCCUGCACAUUCGAAGGUCCAGCGCAGUAUAUCAGCGAAUCAGAAACAGCGACGGUUUAGUGAUCAUGCUGGUCCAUCAAUCCCACCUGCUGUAUCAUACACCAAACGAACUCAAGCAAACAGUGUAGAAAGUGAACAGAAGGAAGAGUGGGACAAAGACAUAGCUCGCAAAUUAAGUAGCAGCACUGUAGGUUCCAAAGCAGAUGUCCCUGCAAGUCCACUUGCAGGUCUUGAAAGGAAGAAAUCCACAACUGGGCCCAGUAGCAACAUGGUUCCUGGUAUGACAAGAAGAAACACUUAUGUGUGUGAACGGUCCACUGGCGAUCGAUAUUCUGCUGUGCAGAAUGGAAAAGACAGCAGCCUAACUGAAAUGUCUGCUUGUGCAAGCAGUACUUCCACAUCCAUCGCAAGUCCUGCAGGAUCUUCUGGAGUACCUUCAGCACGUCCUCGACACCAGAAAUCCAUGUCAGCUUCUGGUCAUCCAAUUAAGGUCACUCUGCCUUCCAUAGAAGAUGGUAGUGAAGGUUAUCGACCCAGCACUGCAGCCCAAAGGGUACCUGCUGCUUCCCCUUCUGCACAUAGUAUUAGCACUACAACUCCAGAUCGAACUCGCUUCCCCCGAGGUAGCUCUAGCCGAAGCACUUUUCAUGGUGGCCAGUUACGGGAACGCCACACUGCCGCAUACAAUGGACCACCAGCUUCACCAACACUGUCACAUGAUACUGGCGCCCUUUCACAAGCUCGAAGGGGAACUUCAACUGGUAUCAUAAGCAAGAUCACAUCCAAAUUUGCCCGCAGGGGCCCGAGUGAAGGUGAAGGCAGUGGCAGAGCUGACACUGCAAGGAGUAUGUCAGGAGAAUCAAAAGACAAAGAAAGGGAUGACAACAAAGAUGCAAAACCAAGGUCUUUAAGGUUCACAUGGAGCAUGAAGACCACUAGUUCAAUGGAUCCCAAUGAUAUGAUGCGAGAGAUCCGAAAGGUGCUGGAUGCUAAUAACUGUGACUAUGAGCAACGAGAAAGGUUCCUUUUGUUCUGUGUUCAUGGCGAUGCUCGACAGGACAACUUGGUUCAAUGGGAAAUGGAGGUCUGCAAGUUGCCACGUUUGUCUCUAAAUGGUGUUCGUUUUAAGCGAAUAUCAGGAACAUCUAUAGCAUUCAAGAACAUUGCAUCCAAAAUUGCAAAUGAGCUGAAGUUGUGAAGAAAAUCUGUAAUUAUGAGAUCAGGGAAGUUUCUUGUACGAUAUACAGUUCACUCUUGAAUGUACUGGUAUUAUUGCUAAUGUGCGUGAGUUUGGCCACCAACCCCACUUCCUCCCUCAUACCAAUAAACGGUUAGAAAUUUCCGUCGCAAUAAGGUUAUAUAUAUUGUGAUUAUAAAUUGUACAACCUGGAUCCAUAUGGCUUAUUGUGAAUUAGCUUUAACAAAUUGUGAUCUUAUUUCCACAUGUACAGGUAAGUAUAUUGAGCAUUGUCACAGCUUAUGUUCAUAUAGUUGUACAAUAAAGAGUAAUACCUAACAUCUACAGGUAUUGUAUAGUUGUGUCCUGAUUUAUGUACAGAAAUGCUCAUUUUAAUGUUCCAUGUGUUUUUGAGCUUGAAGUUCUUUAGCACUAACUACAUUUUUGGGUGUUAGCUAAAUAAAGAUUUGUGACUCCAUGUUAUUGAAAGUUAAUCUCCCCUUUCCACCCUGCCACAAAACAGAAGCCAUUAUGAUCUUUGAAACUUGUUAUCUGGAUGCCCAAUGUGGUUCCCUCCAUAUUAUAAUAUUGUCAUUAAUAGCACAAAAGAACUUUUGGGAAAGUUGUCUCAGGAAUUAUCAUUCAUCUUUGAGGAUGAGGGUCCUCAUCUUUUUUUUUGUGCUCUUUGGGACUACAAAUACCUACCAUUCACAUUUUCAAAUCUUCUAUAAUGUAGUAAAGCUCAAAUGUUAAAUGGUAUGAUUUCCUGUCCCAGCUGUAACCUCCUGUACUGAAUAGUUUACCAGAUUUCCUGUAUUUAUUCCAGGACAGUAUACCUGUAAUGUGCAUUGUAAUUAUUAGGCCUUCACCAAUUAAAGGAUUUUUUCCUUUAUUACUAGUGAUGUACAAUGUAAAACCACUAGUACUGGUACAUUUAAUACAUGUUUUGUACCAAAUUAACCAUGUAGGUUAAUUGUGCAAUUGUAUUUUAUGUUGUAAUUAUUGUAAUAUUAGCAUUUGACCCUGUCUGCACUCUUGUGACAAUUUGGAAAAGUAAUCAAACUCUGUCAUUAUGUCGUGAUCAGAUCUGCACUCUGAUUAUCAGAAGGUAAACUAAACCUUUGGUUGCAAAAACAUGCAGCAAUAUUAGGUUGAAGCUUUGGAUUGUAAAUAUUCUGUAAUGUAGCUUCUUUCCUGUGGCAGUUGUGUUUCAGAAUGAUGUUGAUCUUGCUGCCUUAGAAGAUGCUUGGACAGUCGUACUUGCCCCUCCCCUUUAUGUUAAUUGAGAGGAGCUCAGUGCAAGGUACAUAGGUACAUUUUCACUGGUGCACAAUAUUAAA